CAGAACAUCAUGGCGAUUGAUGGUGGCGAGCGUAACUGUGGAGUACAUGAGCUGAUCUGCGUCAGAAAAGUCUCUCCAGAGGUGCUGGGGUUUCUGACAGCCAUCGGACUCUUCAUCAUCCUCAUGACCCUCCUCUUCUGGUACCUCAACAAUAAGUUGGCACUAGAGAACCCAGGGAACCUUCAGUGCCUUGAUGACUUCAGGAAAACCACUGAGCUGCAAGACAAGGUCUACUCAGACGCUGACUUGCAGGCUUCAUCGUCGGACAGCGAGGAUGAACUGAUGGGUCAGUAUCAGGAAGCGGUCAGCCGCUCCCAGGGCCUCAGAGGAGGAGCCAAGGCGGCCUCUAAUACCAAACACACGGGAGGUUUCAGCUGGGAGAGCCGGCAGAAGUACAGCCCUCUUACUGCUGAUUAUGACGGCUACAGCAGCGAAGCCUCGGCUGAUGAUGUCAACUGCAUUCAGAGGAUGAGGCGAACGCCGCCGCUGGAUGAGCUUCAGCCGCCGCCCUAUCAGGAUGAGAACGGCUCUCCGAGGAUGUCCUGCACUCUGUCAGACCUCGGUGAUGCCAAGUGUGAUUUAUCCCACACGAGCGGCAGCCCCCACCUCUCUUUCGGCAAGUGUCCCAGUGAGGGCAGCGAUGGCCCUGAGACUGAGAGUUACCUCAACAAGGGCUAUGAGGAGGACGUGCCCAGUGACAGUACAGCUGUCCUCAGCCCGGAGGACAUGUCAGCCCGUGGAUCAGCUGCUCAGCUCCCAAAAGGUUAUGAACCAGAUCCUGUUGCAAAAUACGGGACGCUUGACGUCGUGUUUGACUACGAUUCAGAGGACCAGCAGCUGUCUGUGACCAUCAUGGCAGUAACCGACCUUCCCAGCCACAAACGCACCGGGAACAUCUCCUGGCAGGUCCAUCUGGUCCUCCUGCCCACCAAGAAACAGAGGGCAAAGACAGGGAUCCAGAGAGGCCCGUGUCCCAUCUUUACCGAGACCUUCCGCUGCCGCCCCGUGGAGUCAGAGAUGAUCAGUAAUUACGCCAUCAGAUUCCGCCUUUACAGCAUGCGACGGAUGAAAAAAGAGAAGGUGCUCGGGGAAAAGGUGUUCUACCUCACCAAGCUCAACCUUCAGGGCAAAAUGUCUAUGCCGGUCACAUUAGACCCGUGCUGUGCACUCCCGGGUGGGGAAUCCCAGGUCAGCCUCUCAGAUAUGACGUGCAGUGAAAGCGCCUCAUCAUUCCAGUCAGUCAGUCAGGCUUCCACACCAGAGAUCCUCGUGGGCCUGGUUUACAACGCCACAACAGGACGUCUCUCUGUGGAAGUCAUCAAAGGCAUCCACUUCAAAAACCUGGCUGCUAACAAGCCACCCAAUGGACUGUUCUGUUGUCUAAAACACUUGAUAGGUGGACAGGUUUAUAUUAUCAGAGAUACAUAUGUUAAGCUGACCUUACUUAACUCCAUGGGCCACGAGAUGUCCAAGUGUAAGACCUCCAUUUGUCGAGGUCAGCCCAACCCGACCUACAAAGAGACGUUUGUCUUCCAGGUAGCUCUUUUUCAGUUAUCGGACGUCACGCUCAUCCUCUCCGUCUACAACAAACGCAGCAUGAAGCGCAAGGAGAUGAUCGGUUGGAUUUCGUUGGGCCUCAACAGUUCCGGAGAGGAGGAGCUCACCCACUGGACUCAGAUGAAGGAGUCUAAAGGACAGCAGGUUUGCCGCUGGCACAGCUUGCUGGAGUCCUAACGGCGAGAAAGCACACGGGAUUGGCUACGCAGCGCAGUCGUCCCCCCAGAUGGGCAGGAAAUGGAAAUGUUCAGCUGGGAAGCGGGAGUGUGAUGUCGUCCAGUGAAGCAGCAUCAGUGGUGAUGAAGAAACGGGAACAUAACCACAUGCAUCUGCACUCAGUUUCUCGGCUCAGCGUGGCAUAAGCGUUUUCAUGGCUCUGUUUGAAUAAACACUGCCAUGAAUUAGUUCUAUUGCCCUGUAAUGUCCUUUAAGUUUCUGUAGAUGGCAUCUUUGUGUCUGCUGAGCUGGUUUAGCCGGGGGCCUGCUCCAAGAAGAUCACUGAGUAAAUUACUGUGUGGUAGUCAUGUGUACCCACACCUCCAGCCCCAUAGGUAGAAGUCAGGACUGAUUAAUCUUUUUGUCAUAACUGACAGUAAAAUGUCAUUUUCUUUCAACCCGUUGUAAUCGGAGUUUCUAAGGCAGGUUUUAUAGUUUUAAUUUUUCUGUAAUUUGUGUUGCAUCAUGAUAUGAGAUGGCAAUUAACAAAUGU